UUAGGACAAAUUAGUAUGGUGGCCUACUGCCCUUGAUUAAAUUGGUCUACUUUAUUGGCCUUGACCAUUGUUUACCUGCUUUGGCCUGGCAAUUCUGACCCGCUACAAGGCAACUCGCUCAUGACCCAACAUACAAUUGACCUGCAUCACCUGACCUGCCUAAUAGCCAUGUCGACCUACUAAUCUACUAUUGACCCGCAUCACCUGAACAGCCCAAUAGCCAUGUCUACCAACAAGAGUGUUAAUGUUCACUCCACUUUCGAGCUCCAUCUUGUGUCAUUGAAGCUCAAUCAAUUAGUUCCCUGUUCUCUGUCAUCUAUGGUACCAAUGAGGUGAAUAUUAAUCUAUAGAUAAUGGAAGCUCUUUAUAUUGAAGCAGCAAAGGCAAUAACUAAGCUGGUGAUUACGUGUCCUGUAGAGCAGGCAAAGCUAGCUUGGGGAAUCAAGCACCAGUUACAGAAGCUGAAAGAUGAAUUCACAUACAUCCAAGCUUUUCUUCAAGAUAAUGAUAGGUUGAAUCAAAGACAUAGAAGAGAUAGCCAAAUUGUGAAUGCUUGGCUCAGGAAAGUCAUAAAUACUGCUUACCUAGCAGAUGAUGUAAUGGAUGAUUAUGUCUAUGAAAUCCUUCGCUGGAGAUCAAUUUCAUGGGAAUUAAAGUACAGCAACAACAAUUAUCAAUCAGGAAGGAAGCUAUUAGCACUUAUAAAGCUCAAGAAGCGAUCAUUCAAGAACAAGUGUUGCAACUUCUCAACUCUCUCUGAUUCUAAUCCUUUAGCCUUCCGCUUUAGAAUGUCUAGCAAGGUCAAGCGUGUUCUUAGGUCCUUUGAUGACUUGUACAAGGAUGCUAAAAGACUUGGUAUUAGGCCAGCAGAGAUAGCAGAUGAUGAUCUACGAGGAGCUAGCUACAAAGGGAUAAUGAAGAGAAACACCAACAACAGCUUGGAUGAAGUUCGAGAAUUAGCAGCUGCACAUAGGCUUGAAUUUGUAGGGAGGCAACAUGAUCUAAAGGAGCUCACAAAUUUUCUUUGUGAUCAUAGCAACAAUAAUGAUGUCUCAACCAUAGCCAUUGUUGGUGUGGGAGGUCUAGGAAAAACAACAUUGGCGAGACAAUUGUAUGAAAACGAAGCAAUUGCUGAGCACUUUACAGAAAGAUUUUGGAUCUGCAUAUCUGAUACCUUCACUGUGAAGAGGGUAUUGUAUGUGAUGUUCGAAAAGCUUACAGGAGGGAAAUGUAAGCUGUCAAAUACAGAAGACAUUAUAGAAAGGGUUCAACAGCUUGUCAGAGGUAGACGAUACUUACUUGUGCUUGAUGAUGUAUGGGAUCAGAAUCAAACCAAAUGGAAUUCUUUCAAGAACUCCUUGCGAAGAAUAGGAGGUGCCACAAGAAGCAUGAUUAUAGUUACAACUCGCAACAAAGACGUUGCAAAAACAGCAGAGAGCCAACAUAUUCACCAGCUAACAGGGUUAUCUGAUGAUGAAAGCUGGGCCUUCUUUGUGCAGAAGGCUUUCCCAAAAGGCAUAGCAACAUCUCACCCAGGACUUGAGGAAAUCGGAAGAAAGGUUGUGAAAAAAUGCAAGGGAUUGCCAUUAGCAAUUGAUGUGAUAUGAGGCUUAUUACGAAUGAAGGAAGA